AAUUAGAAGAGGUGUUCCGAAGAAGUGUCCUCUGCUCGGAGAGGAGUUACCUGAGUGGGUGAUGAGUCUGACAUAGACAGGCUAACCAGUAUUAUUGCAGAGAUUAGAAGAGAAGUUGCCAACAUAGAUGUGUGUCACAGACUAUCUACACAACAGACACCUGGGGAUUUCCUUCAGCUCUCACGGGAUCAGCUCUUCCUCCAGGGAGUAUGACUCUGGUCAUGAUGAAACUCUUUCCUGUACGUACAUUCUGUCCUGGAAUCAAGUCCAUAACAUCAAGAGUGUCUAGUAUCGCCUGGAUGUUCUCUUUCAAACAAAAAACAGUAUGUGAUAAAGGACAUGGUACCAGCAGUCAUAAAAACGAACUUGGCAUCGUCAAUAAAAAUGUGAAUAGGGCAUGUAGUAUCCAAUUUGUACGAAAUAGUGGAUCAUUCCUUGGUGUUCCUAUCAACAGAGUGGUGGUUUGUGGACACAGAGUUGGAGAGCUCACUCAAUGUCCUAUCCGGUUAUUCAGCGCGGUAUCAUCAGAAGGAGAAAGUGACAUGACGUGGGAGGAGUUGGUGGAUUACAGCAGGUUGUCUCCCCAGGAAAGGAACACGCAUGAGCGUCACAAGAAAGCAGUGAGGGAGAAGCAAUCAUUCUACGCUGAUCCGAUGACUGGUUACCAAGUGAUGACAAGAUACGGCCACCUAAAAAGAGGCGACUGCUGUGGCAACGCCUGCAGACAUUGCCCCUAUCAACAUAAACGUGUUGCUGAGGAGGACAAAAAGAUGAUAUUUAACUCAGCAUUCUUUGUCCGAAGUGGAGAGUUUCAAGACACGUGAUCAGUGAUUCGUGUGCUAAUGAAUUGUUUUUUUUUUAUAUUGAUUUAUGGAUAUAUGGGACGUGUACCAAUGUAAUGAUGAAAACAAAACUAUUGAUAUUCUUGUUAUAUCUGCUGUCAAGUCCAUUAUAUAUGAUAGGCCAUAUACUUCUUAACAGGGAGAACAAUGAUAUAAGCAUAGCCAAUUGUCUUAUCCUUUUGUUAGCAUAUUUAUUAUUUUGUCUGUUUUAUCUUUAUGAACAUUAAAAUAUUUUGAAAUUGAUUGAACGUGAGCAUGUGUUACGUGUACCUACAGCAUGUAGAAUAGUCCACGGAUUAUAUAUUU